AUGUUCGCACCUCCAGGUGUGGACUCCGAAUCAUCAGGGGAGAAGAUCACACCACCACCUUCACCUACGUUCCAACAUGUCAAACCGAGAUUCUCCUUGAAAAAGCUUUUCUCACCGACUCAAUCCCACAAUCCUGGUCUCCCUCGUACCCCUACAUCUACACAUGCCCAUUUUCAUAGUCAUAGACCAAGCCAUCUUUUCAGUCAUAGGCAUGAUCAUGGUAAACCAGACAAUGAACAAGUUAAACAUUUCACACCUAUAGAAGCUGCCGAAGCUGAUAAAUCAUUACCUACUGACCCAAUCUCACCAAAGAAGAAAGUAAGGAUAUUUGCCGGUGAACUGGAGCCUAAACAAGGCAGAAAAGUAGAAGGUUUGACCAACAACUUAGGUGAGACGAUGGAAGAACAACCGGCAUCACCGAUUGGUGGGAACGGUGGUGGGGUCGACGAUGAUGAGCAUCUGAAGGAGGAGAUGAAGAGCGAUACUGGUGUAGCAGGAGAAGCUCUGGUGAUGCUGCGUAAACUUAUGGCUGACCAGAAGGAAAGUGAGGAAGACCAAGAAUCGAACAAUCACGGGAAUCAGAAUCGAACUGUGCGUCAAAUGGAUCAAAAACAUGAAAUUACAGCUCCAACUACUGAUAUUCUACCCACUGAACACCAAGUUGAUAGCCAAAAGCAGACUAAUGAUCAAUCUACUAAUCUCACUUCUCAUAACACUUCUAAUGCUACUUUCGAAGAACCAAAAGAUCCUUCCAAAUCAAUCGAUAUACUACACAAGCUCAAAUCAACUCGAUCAAGUCUUUCUUUGGCUAAGAAGCGAUCAUUCAAAUCACUCAAAUCACUUAGCCUUAAUUUGAAAUCAAAUGCAUCCAAGAAUCCUAUACCACCUGUUCCACCUGUUCCACCUGUUCCACCUGUUCCACCUGUUCCACCUGUUCCACCUGUUCCACCUGUUCCACCUGUUCCACCUGUUCCACCCAUUCCCUCCGAAGACGAUAAAUUGGUCAGCCCACGAACGCCUAUAGCUGAUAAAUUCACUACAAGUGGGAAAUCUUCAAUAAACGAGAUUUCCCCAUCAUUGUCGAGACGACCUUAUGAACUUGCAUACGACAAUAUGGGCAAUGGCCGGUCAUAUAUACCGCCGAAUACUGCUCCACCAAUACUGGACCAAAAGAUAGGAGGCGAGAAUGAAGCUUAUUAUUACCCACAUCCAUCCCAAGGUGCACCAGCUGCAAUUCCACGGUAUCGUCCAUGUCCAAAUUGCACUUCCCCACAUAUCACUUCGAACUCGACAGCCCCUGCACAAAGUGGUUUCCCUUGUCCAGCACCAUUUCCUUCCCCCAGCAGCAAAGCUCACGGUCAAUGGUGUCAACCACCUGGAGCGCCAGUUCAUCUUUAUCAUCCCGCUUCACCUACCCGUGACGAUAUACAAGAAGGUCCUCAGUCAGCUCCUUUACCCUACCUCAACACUCCGCAAAGUGUAAGAGAUAAUAUCCAACUUUCGCCCGGACCAAUGAGGGAGAUACGACGACAAAAGGCCUACAAACAAGAUUCGCACAAAGGAGAAAUCGUGGAUAACCGAGUGAAGGAUAAAACUGGGACAAAUAAUGGAGACCAUACGGAAGUACAGUGCCUGAAGAGAGACACAAGAGAACUGGAAGAGCACCAACCACUCGGAAACGAUCUUGAUGACGUAUACUUGCAGCAAACGAGAGAGCACAGAGGUCAUGAAGAUCCUGCGAAGUCGUCCAAAAAUCACAAGUCCAUAAACAACGUCGAGCAGGUUAUUCGAUCGUACAAAUCUGAGUAUGCACACGCGAAGGAAGCCUAUCAGAGGCCUGGCUUGAGUGAAGAAGAGAGAAAAGAAGCCGAGGAAAAUAUGAGAAGAGCUGAAGGUGGAUUCAAAGAAGCAAGACAAGCUUUAAACGAGAUGAAGCAGGAAUUCGAAGUGAAAGGCAAUCCCAGUGAGCAGCAAACGCGUAAGGAUGAAGAGACUAGAAGGAGCGAACCGGGUGAAGCUAUUAAUGACAAACCGCUGAAGGAGAAGGAGAAGCAGCGGGAGAAACAAGAACACAAGGAAUAUCACAAAGGGCAACAUCAUGAAGAGGAUCUCAGAGGAUUUGAUGACCGUCGAAAGCAAAAGGAGGUGGUAGAAAACGCCAAAGAAGACAAGAACAUCAUGGAGUUACAAGACAUGGUUGAACGAUACCAAGAUCAUUUCAAGGAAGCCGUGAAGAUAUACAGGAAGGAAGGUUUGACGAGUGAUCAAAGGAGCGAAGCUAAGGAUUCAGUGAAAGUAGCCGAGAGUCAAUUGAAGGAGGCGAUACAAGCUUUGAAUGAUAUUCAGGAGGAACAAGGCCAUAAGGUGCGGAAGGCAAACAAAGUGAUUGUGGGGAAAGGCAAUCUCAACAACGAAAGAGCACAGCCAAUAAACAAAAACAAAAUAUCUGCUGCAGCAAAGGUCGCUUCCGGCGGUGAUCAUGACAUAGGAAUCGAACAACAUCCUGUCGACGGACAACAGGUGAAGCCGACUGGAACAGAACGAGAGGUAAAACAGAUUCAAGAUAGGGUGAAAAAGUAUAAAGUGAGGUAUCAAGAAGCGAUACAAGCAUAUAAAUCCAAAGGGAUGUCGGAAAAGGAUCAGGUAGACGCUAAGCAGAAUGUGAGAAAGGCUGAAGCUUUGUUACGGGAAGCAAUGCAGGCACUUCAAGACAUCAGAGAGUCACAGAGAGCGAAUGAGACACCACAAAAGGAUAAAGGAGAAACAAAAACAGAACGCGACAAGACAAAAGCUCUCGUGGAUAUGCAGGCCCAAGCAAAAACAUGUGAUCAGAAAGGCACGCAAGCUGAAGAAUUCGUGCUUCCUACCUCGACUGUCAAGUCAGGAGAGCGAUGUGAGCUUGAAGCAAGAGUGAAAGAGUACAGAAAACAAUAUGGUGAAAUGAUGAAAGAGUAUGAGCGCUCAGACAAUAAAGAAUCUGAGAAGACGAGCGCUAACGAAGAAUUGAGAAAGGUGGAAGACAAGUUAAGAUACGCCUCGGAAGCCCUGCGGAUUCUGGACGGCGCCCACCCGAUCUCAGUCAAUGGACCGACCAGGACUGUUGCACAACGAGAUCGAGACAAUGAAGACACAGACCCUCACAAAGAGAGCGAAGAGCAGGAAUGUUCAGAGAAGGUCAACCAACUCAAGAUGAAAUAUGCUUCUUUGUCAAAACGGGUGAAAACUCUUCAAAUGGAUGAUCAGGAGAAGGUCGAGAGAUUGAGGUCUCUGAGAUCAUUGAAAGAUGAGAUCAUCAAGCUCUCAGAUAAAAGUUUAUUCAGCUCAACCGUAAAAAAGCAAGACAAUCAAAUUGUCCAUGAUGGUUCUGAACAGUCAAAAGGGACGGUACCGAUAUUCAAUGCUGAUAUUCCCGAAGCUUAUCCUCCUUCUGGUACGGGAAAGGAGUCGACCUCAGUUAGCCCGCCAACAGGCACCGAAAACGCUCUGGAGCUUGACGGAGCAAGAGGAGGAAAGGAUAUUAACGAUAAUCUAAAACCUGGAAUGGCUGACAAAGCCGGAAGGCCAGACCGGAAUAACGAGAUGAUUGCAGAAAUGAGAAUCCAGUAUUCGAGUCUGAUCAAUCAGCUCAGAGCUACCGACUUGACUACAGCAGAAAGGCAAAAGCUACUUCGGAAAGCGGAAAGCCUAAAAGACAGACUGAAAGAAGCAUCAUCAUCCCCUUCAAAACAUAAAACACAGAGUCCUCGUAAAGUAGUUGAUAAAGGAACCUUGUUGAGACACGCUAAACACCAACAGGCUGCUUUGGUAGAAUCUAUCCAGGUGGAGGGACUGGACUUAGGUGUCAGAAAGAAAGGAGAAGAGAGAUUGAAGAAACAGGCUGAAACCAUCAGAACUCUUACCAGGAAGAUUGCUGAUCCGUCAAACAGGAGUACGGGAGAAGAGGUUAAGGGCAAAGGUGUAAGUAAAGAAGGAGGAGUUACUCCCGAUCAAGUUCGAGGCGCAAUUAGACAGGCCGCUCAUGAUCGUGGCGAGCAAGAGCCCACUUUACCACUGACCAAAGAAAAAGAAGAUAUCCCCUCUGCUCGAUUGACGGAAGGAAGAAAAGCGGAGUCGGGAAGGUUCCCUCAUCAUGUGGAUCAGAAUGAAAAGGGCAGUUCAAUGGCCGGAGUUCCAUCUUGGGAGCAAUUACGUCCACUGAGAAAAGUGUCUCCUGUACCACCUACCCCACCAAAAUCGCCAGCUAGAUUAGCCGCGAAAAAGAGAGGAAGUGACCGCGAGGAAGAAGCGAAAGUUACUUGGUCCAAUUCCCUAGUGGCACUUGCUAAUUGUAUAGAUUUAGCCCAAAGACUUGCUCAAUCCUUUGACAAUAGCUGUUCGACAUCAAAUCCAUUUAUAGGGGUGAUACACCAUCUCAUUGCUGGAUUAUUAAUGCAGAAUGAUCUUCUCAUAUCUCUGAAGGAGGUACUAGGGGAAAGUAAUGUUGUGUUACUUGAGGAGUUCGGUCACCACAUCUCGAUCGUGAGGGUUUAUGUGCAAGAUCUGAUGAAAGAGAGGGAGAACGGGCAGGUAAGGAAGGAAGAAGCAAAAAUUGCAGAUCAAGCUAUUGAAAGAGGUUCUUGUUUGCUUCAAAACAUCUCAACUCAGGGGGUCGUGAACCACCUUGUAGGAUUAACGGAUUACAUCACACCUGGAAUGAUGAUGGUUUUGAAAGAAGUGACGGAAGAAUGGAAGAGAGAAGGAAUGGGAGUGACAACCCUUGUUCAUGCUAUAUUGGCAAUCCGGCAGGAACUGUCCAUGAUCGCGAUUGCUAAUAAGGGGGAGAAAGGCAUCGAAGGUAUCGAUAAAACUGAGAGCAUUAUAGGAAUUUUGGAUAGGGUACUUGCCUUGGUAUCACCUGAGCAAUACCGAUCUUUAAUGAAGAGACAUGAUCGCGAAGCUCAACUGGGAAAGAUCGAUCUACCCAAUACUCAAUCGGGGCUUUUCGACCCCAGUGAAGGUGAGAAGCAAUCACUGACCACUCAUCGUUCUUUAGACGAGAGAGAAAGGAUAAAUAGUCUGGGAUCGAAAAUGGAAGAAUCAACGAUCAAGUCCAAUGAGAUACCUUACCGUGUGUCUCCGAGUUAUUCACCUCAAUCUACUCCACCGUAUGGACCCCUUGCAGUAUCUGAAAUUCCCAAUUCUAACCCCAGGUCUCCCCCUCGUAUCCAAGAAUCUCUCUCACCCAAACCGUAUCCGAUCACAUCACCACAUCCCCUAUCGACCACAGUACCUCGCAACUUAUCUGUGAUGGACCCACAUGACUUGGUCCUCGAAUCACCGGAACGGGCGGAUCCAGCAGUCUACCACACACAGCCGCACACAUCUUCCGUCCGAAAGACCACACCUCUAUCUCGAUCCCUUACACCCAAGGAAGAUCCUCCUGGUUCGAUAUCGAAUCUGAUGUCACGCAUUACCAAUAAGCUGCAGAAUAUCAAAUCACUUCCAGAAAAUAAGGAAAGCAAAGCCAAGAAAACACGAUCGAAAUUCAUCAUUUACCACGAUGACAAGGAGGUAAAGUCGGAUGUGUAUGGGGGAAUCGAUGAUGAUUCCAUUUCUCAUUCUCUGAACCUAUCAAAAACAACACGGAAUUUCUUGGGUCAUGGUGGGAAGUCACAGCGACCUGUAAGACCCACGUCUGCUUCUGCUUCAUCUAGCUUCUCAGCUACCUAUCCUUACACUGCUCCUCUCUCUCAAAGACGGUAUCAGGAAUGGCCGCCUACCCCAAAGCGAUCUGACCAAGAACGAACGGAGUCACAUCAAAGAGCCGCCUUCCCUUCUAAGCCUGAACCUGUACGACUUGAGCAAUCCGCCGAAUUUCAAAGCCAACAACAUGAUGGGUUUCAUACCCAUUCCAUCCACCCAACGUCUUCUUCCGACUCUGGGACACAGAUUUCAUCUGGUAACGGAAGAGGUAGUGAAGAGUCAAGUCCAUCUCAAUAUUCCCAAACGUCACUUUCAGCUUCACCCUCGUCAUCAUCUUCUGCAUCAACGACCAAGUCCGAUGAGAAAGCUAGGAACCUCCUGGACAAUGCUGAUAGUGGCCCAGGGACAACUCAUCAUGAUUGGCGCAAUGACCUCGAUGAUGUUCUCACACAGAAAGAUUCUGAAGUUCAAGUUGAACCUGACGAUGAUCAAGUCAAAAGAGCGGAAAAAGUCUUGUAUCAUAAAACUUUGGCUACUCCCACUCCUAUCAGAUCGAACAAGAUCAAGCAAAGUGGUUUAGAAGUCAACCUUAUAUAA